GGAAUCGAGUCGUCAUCGUCUUGGGCCAUUAACUGAAAGAAAAAAGGUAAUAGCGCCGAAGAAAACGGUCGAGGAAGAGUUCCAGCUGCAGCGCAACACCCCCAGCAAUCCGCACAGCGAUCCCGGCCAGAGCAGAAGCCCCCAGGGAACCGGAAGGGAAAUCAGAGCGAGCCAAACAACCGCCCCUGCCCCGAAUCGAAUCGCAUCGAAUUGAAUUCGUGAAUCACCCAGUGGAACCAUAGCCAUGGAGCAGACCCCGAUCACCGAUGCGGAGAAGGUGCGCAUUGUGUCGGACUUCAUCCUGCACGCGCCGCCCGGCGAGUUCAACGAGGUGUUCAACGACGUGCGGGAGCUGCUGAAGAACGACACCCUGCUGAAGGACGGGGCCAGCCACGCCUUCGCCCAGUACAACAAGGACCAGCUGACCCCGGUCCGCAUCGAGGGCACCGACCACAACGCCAUCAUCUCGGAGCACAACGAUCUGGGCAACGGUCGCUUCUACGAUCCGCGCACAAAGCAGGCCUUCAAAUACGACCACCUCAGGAAAGAGGCCUCCGACUACCAGGACGUGGAUGCGGAUGCCACCGCGGAGCCCUGGCGGGCUGCCCUGGAUUUAGAGACGCUCGCCUACACUGCCAGUCACUAUAGACACGGGGUCAGCUCCGUGUUCGGUAAGGCGCAGGGCAACCAGAUCACCCUGACCAUUUGCAUCGAGGACCACCAGUUCCAGCCGAAGAACUACUGGAACGGCCGAUGGCGCUCCCAGUGGCACGUCAGCUUCCAGGCGGGCAGCGGUUCGGCCGAGCUGAAGGGCGUGCUGAAGGUGCAGGUGCACUACUACGAGGACGGCAACGUGCAGCUGGUCUCCUCGAAGGAGUGCCGCGAGAGCGUGGUGGUCAGCAACGAACAGCAGCUGGCCAAGGAGGUGAUCCGCCUGAUCGAGGAGGCCGAGAACGAGUACCAGCUGGCCAUCUCGGAGAACUACCAGACCAUGUCGGACACAACGUUCAAGGCCAUGCGCCGCCAGCUGCCCAUCACCAGGACCAAGAUCGACUGGAGCAAAAUCGUCUCGUACAGCAUUGGCAAGGAGCUGAAGACGCAAUAAGACCAGGAGGUGCAAGCGGAAGAGGAGCGGACACAGUCGACGAAGCGGCCCAACAGUCUUCCACUUGCCAUGGCCAAGCGAGCAUAGGAACCGGUCAUCCGAUCAUCCGAUCAUCAGCAUUAACAACACCAGAACAGCCGAACAUCUGAACAUCCGAACCGAAGCAGCAGUUAAGCAGGAGUAUGCCCAAAAUAAUGUCUGUAAUUCGGCUAUAUACAUACGAACAUAUACCUACAUAUACAUAUAUAUAUUAUGUGUUACAUAGCGACAUAUAUAACGAUUGAUUGCAAGCAUUUGGAUGACUUUACCCGGACGAUGACGGUGAACUGCUGCCUCGUCUGCGUCACGAUCGCCACCAAUUGUCGCCUUUAUCGUUUAAGAAGAGCAUUAAACGCGGAUUUUAUCAUGUCCUCUAACCUAUGUAUUAUUCUAAUUUUAAACGAAUCAAACUCGAGAUCUGCGCUCUAGACGAGCCAGCCAGGAUCGGAGGUGGACCAGCCAGCCAGCCGACUCUCGACUAUGUACUUUAAGCGGUAUCAUUAGAGCACCCAUUCAAGUUUUCUGCUUUCCCGAUUGUUCACCACCGCCUAGCAUGAGCAUAUGAUCAUGAGAAUAUCCAACUAAGCUUAACCACUGAUCAGUUUCGCCAGACAAACAGAAUAACUAAAGACUUUGAUUUUAUAAAAACAAUAAAUUUGUAAUUAAUAUAACAUAACUAUACAACAUUUAAGAUUGCUUGAAUUAGUCAAAUUUAAUGAGAAUAAACUAAUUGAAUCGGAA